AUGUACACAUCAAAGGUUAUGACUUCAAAGCAGGAAGAUGCUGCCUUGAACAACUUUCUUCAGUUCAUUGAAGACAAGGGACUGAGGGCUUAUGAUGCCUUGGUGAUUCAAAAUGCCUCAGACAUUGCUCGUGAAAAUGACCGCAUGCGAAGUGAAACAAACUUGGCAUACCUCAAAGAAAAAAGUGAAAGAAGAUUGAGGCAAGAGGAAGCAAUAAAACGAUUAGGUGCAGAGGUUGGGAAAGGAAGUGAUGGUACUUGCAUGGGAAAACACUUCCGUUUGGGAUUCAUGACACUGCCUGCUCCUCAGGACCGCCUGCCACAUCCCUGUGCCAGUGGCUUUUCUGUCAGGUCUCAGUCACUUCACUCUGUUGGAGGUGGUGAUGAUGAAAGUCAUACCUGUGCUCGAAAACAGCCGCCUCCAAAGCCCAAGCGAGAUCCAAGUACAAAGCUCAGCAUCUCAGCAGAAACCGUCAAUGUGGGAUUUGUAGAAAGUUCUGGAAAAAAUGAUUUGCACAAUAACACACUUGUUUCACUUUGCCUAGCUUCAACAAAACCCAGACCACACAGCGAUGAAUACGGCAAAAGGAUCCCACCUCCGAAACCGAGACGUGACCCGAACACACAGCUCAGCACUUCCUUUGAUGAAACCUACGGCACUAAACAAGGCAGCAGGAAGGCAAUGGCUGUGGGAAGCAAGGAAAAUUCUCUAGGACAAACGGUCAGUUCCUCCCAGGGCACUGAUGAAGAGGAGCCUGUCUACAUUGAAAUGGUUGGGAAUAUAUUACGGGAUGUUAAAAGGGAUGAUGAUGAUCAAAGCGAAGCUGUUUAUGAAGAAAUGAAAUAUCCGAUGUUUGAUGAGGUGGCCCAGGAUCUCAAAUGGAUCAGCGCAGCCAAUGCAGAUCCUCAUUCUCAGUGUGCCACUCCUACUGUGCCUGAUCUGGAAAUUACAAAGUCUUCAGUGCCAUCCACCCCAAAGGGCUUCUUUUGUGAGAUUCCACCUCCAUUUCCAAACCUGCUUCCUCAUCGUCCCCCACUCCUUGUGUUUCCCCCUGCUCCCACACAAUGCUCCCCAACCUCAGACGAGUCCCCUCUAACACCAUUGGAAGUUACUAAGCUGCCAGUACUGGAAACAAGUAUCUCCUACAUCAAACAGGCCAGUGCUUCCCCAUCAGCACUGCCAGCUCAGGCGGUUGGGUACCAGAAAGUUGAGAAAGACCUGCCCCCUUCUCAUGGAAUAUGUACCACUGGAAGGCCCUCCUCUCCACCACUCCCUUCAACUCUUUACAGGACACCGUCACCUCAUAGUCUUCAAAGUCACUUUAGCCACUCGAUAUCCCCAUCUCCAGUCACCAUGGGUCGCUCCAUGACUCCUUUGGGCCUAAAAAGACCCCCACCCUACGAGUCCAUCCAUCCAACACCAAGGUGUUCCUCCGCAGUGCCUCAGUCUACAUCGAAAGCCCCCAUACAGGAAGGAGGCAAAACAGGAAACUCUUCGACAUCUCAUGGAGCUGUGCACACUGGGGCACGUUCCAGAACACCAACCAGCCCCCUGGAAGAGCUCAGUUGUCUCUUUACCUCAGGAAGGAGUCUGCUGAGGAAAUCCGCAAGUGGGAGGAAAUCCAAGGAACCCAUGGAAAAACCAGGGGAGGACCUAAAGGGGCGAAGUUUUAGCUCUGAACUGGUGUCAAAGUCAGAAAGCAAAGAGAAAGGGGCUCAUGGUGUUUCUGGAGAACCGAUCAAAUCUCAGGAAUGGGAUGGGAGCCCUAGGCCACCGGCGCCAGUGACGAGUCGAAUGGGGAGGUCCUCAGUCAGCCCGACACAGUUAGCAGGACACAGCAACUCUGAGACCACACAGUCAGAGGCCAAGGCGAGCUGCAAGCUGGGUCGAUCUGCUUCGACUUCAGGUGUACCUCCUCCAUCCACCGCUCCUCUCAGGCAGUCCAGCGAGACACAACAGAGCCAGGUACCAUCGCUACAAUGGUUCUAUGGAGACAACACAAUACUUGAAAUGAUUGAGAAGAAGCGAUGUCUGUGCAAAGAGAUUAAGUCCCGACAGAAGCCAGAUAAAGGCCUUUGUAAACAAGACAGCAUGCCCAUCCUUCCCAGCUGGAAGAAAAACAACGUUACAAAGAACCUGAAACCGGCAGCACCUCCCUGUACCAAACAGCAAACUGUUCUGUGGGACACAGCGAUCUGACAAAAGUCCUCUGUGAAACAUGCUUCCCCCAAGGUUUCGACCUCUGACCACCACAGGACCCCUCAAAGGGUCAUUUCCGAGAAUGACCGUUGCGACCUUUGCCAUCCCCAUCGGUCAGCCCACCUGGCCAAAUUCGGCAUCAAUGACUGAGUUUGCCUUGAGGAGACCCUGGUUCACUGUGACUGGAGCCAACACAUCACAUCACAUG